AUGUCGUACCGUCCCACCGCAAACGCGAGGACCGAGGUCCGUCGCAACCGCUACAAGGUCGCCGUUGAUGCUGAAGAAGGUCGCAGACGGCGGGAGGAUAACUUGGUUGAGAUCCGGAAGAAUCGCAGGGAGGAAAGCUUGCAGAAGAAGAGGCGUGAGGGACUUCAGAAUCAGCAGAUGCCUGCGUCAGUUCAAUCUAGUCUACUAGAGAAAAAGUUGGAACACCUACCAGCCUUGGUUACAGGAAUUUGGACUGAUGAUAACAACAUGCAGUUUGAGGCAACAACUCAGUUUCGAAAGUUGCUUUCAAUUGAACGUAGCCCACCGAUUGAGGAGGUUAUACAAGCUGGUGUUGUUCCGCGCUUUGUUGAGUUCUUGACGAGGGAGGAUUUUCCACAGCUGCAGUUUGAGGCUGCUUGGGCUUUGACAAAUAUAGCUUCUGGAACAUCUGAUAAUACUAAGGUAGUAAUUGAUAGCGGUGCUAUCCCAAUUUUUGUGAAGCUCCUUGCUUCUCCUAGUGAUGAUGUCCGUGAACAGGCUGUGUGGGCAUUAGGAAAUGUUGCUGGAGAUUCACCUAGGUGCCGCGAUCUUGUUCUCGGUCAUGGGGCUUUGCUUCCUCUGUUGGCUCAAUUAAAUGAGCAUGCCAAACUUUCCAUGCUCAGAAACGCUACUUGGACACUCUCAAACUUUUGCCGGGGGAAGCCACAGCCUAGUUUUGAUCAGGUUAAGCCUGCGCUUCCUGCACUUGCCAGUCUCAUCCAUUCUAAUGAUGAAGAAGUCUUGACUGAUGCCUGUUGGGCACUUUCAUAUCUUUCUGAUGGCACAAAUGAUAAAAUUCAAGGCGUAAUUGAAGCUGGUGUUUGUAGCCGGCUUGUUGAGCUUCUUCAGCACCCAGCUCCGUCUGUGCUUAUUCCUGCUCUCCGUACAGUUGGAAAUAUUGUCACUGGAGAUGACAUGCAGACACAGGUCAUCAUCGACCAUCAAGUUCUUCCCCGUCUUAUGAAUCUCUUGGCUAAUACUUAUAAAAAAAGCAUCAAGAAAGAAGCAUGUUGGACAUUAUCCAAUAUCACAGCUGGGAAUACACAACAGAUUCAGGCCGUAAUUGAUGCCAAUAUAAUUCCUCCUUUGGUCACCUUGCUUCAAAAUGCUGAGUUUGAUAUCAAGAAGGAAGCUGCAUGGGCCGUCUCUAAUGCUACAUCGGGUGGAUCUCAUGAACAACUCAAGAUCUUGGUAAAUCAAGGGUGUAUUAGGCCUCUGUGUGAUCUUCUCAUAUGUCCUGAUCCUAGGAUCGUGACUGUUUGUCUUGAAGGGCUUGAAAACAUCUUAAAGGUAGGCGAGGCUGAUAAAAAUAUUGGCAACACUGAUGGUGUGAAUCUGUUUGCCCAAAUGAUUGAUGACGCCGAGGGUUUGGAGAAAAUUGAGAACCUCCAGAGUCAUGACAACACUGAGAUUUAUGAAAAGGCUGUGAAGAUUCUCGAGACAUACUGGUUGGAGGAAGAUGAUGAGACCAUGCCUACAGGGGAAGGGUUCAACUUUGGUGGCUCCGAAGUUCCUUCCGUGCCUACUGGUGGAUUCAACUUCAACUAG